CUCCACGUUGACACAAACUCGUCGGCACAUCCUUGAGACGCGACAAAACAACGCAGCAGCGAUGAUGAUUUGCAAGAUACUGAUUCUGGCGGCGACUUUCAUGGCGACCGCGAGCCACCAGUGCGACUGCGGCGGGAAGCGAUUCUCGAGCUCCAGCAACGGCCCCGCUUCUUCCCUGUCGGAUGCCUCGUCGUCGUCGUCUUCGUCGUCGGACUCCGCCUCGUCGUCGGGCGGCUACCAGGGCUGCGGCUGCGGGUCUACCGGCUCCGACUACUCCUCGGGGCAGAGAGACGGCGGCGGCGGUGGUAAGGUCGGAGGACACGGCCACAAGCACUCCUCGUCCGGGUGCGACUGCCGCGACGGCUCGGACGGUUCGUACGACGCGUGGGGGUAUCCUCGGUGGCACAGCGGCGCGUACGGCGAUCAGACCGGCGGCUGGGGGCUGCCCUGGCUCGUGCUGGCCCCCGGGUCUCCGGGUGGCUUCCACGGGCUGCACCACGGGGGUCGGAGGCACCCUUCCCAAGGUGGACAGCUCCUCUGGUGUCACCCGGCUGCGGGCCCGCGAGGCCAGCAGUUGUCACCCGCCGGGUUCGGGUCCUGGCUGUUCGGCUGGGGACAGCCCGCGUGGGGGGGAGGCAACCCCGUCAUGUUCGGCGCCAUGUAGCCCGGCAUCCCGCCGUCAGUCUCGGGAUCGCAUUACUCGGCUCGAACCCCCCGCAGAACAGAGCCGAGCGAAAUUUUUUUACAAUUUUCGUGAAUUAGCGAACGAAUCACUGGCUGAAAUAAUAAUAAUAAUAAAAUAUUGAGGGUAAAAAAAUAUUAUUUUGAAAAAUAAGAAAAUUUGUAACAUUUUUUUUUAAAAUUCUCUAUGAUUGUGUCAACAGCCUUAACAGCCUUAAUUUAAUCAGAACCAAAAAAAAAAUAUUAUUAAUUUAAAAUAGCCUUAAUCCCCUGUUAUGAUCGAGAUGUAUGUUCAGUUAUCUGCUACAUGACACGUAAGGGAAACAGCCUAUUGGAUAAGUACUAUAUCUAAAAAAAAAAUUUAAAAAAAAACUCAAUGUAAGAGAAUUGUAGGUAGAUAAAAUCAAAUGUUAAAAAUUAGUGUUACAUGUAUACGGUAUUGUUUUUGUGAUAACUUUUAAUAUAUUUAGUUGAAAAAUUGUUGUGUCUUUUUUUUUUUUUAGUCAUGGGUUCCCAUAAACUUUUUUUGUCUCAACGUUCUAUACCCUCAUAUCCUGGUAAAAAUUUCUACCUCCUCAUAACUAUGACUAAGUGAAAUAAACAUAGUUGGCAUCUAAGGGAAAAUAUGUUCCUGUAUGAUACUAUUGUUUUGCUAUUUUUCUCCUGUAACAUAUUAGAUUUAAUUAAUGCAUUUGUACCGCAGCAGCAUACGGAAAAAAAAAUAGUUUGGAUAUAAUUUCAAAAUAAACAUUUAAGUAGCAGUUUAUCCUCAUUAACUAGGUAUGUUAUUUCAGGUAGAUUUGAUUUAAAAAAAACAAGCUUACUAAUUUUCUUAUUUGUUACCAACAGAGAUAGAGAAUAUAUAAAUAAAGAUGGAGCACAUGGGUAUUUUUCUGGGCUAUGAAAGCCAAGAGACUAAAAAGGAAGCAGUGAAAUUCACAUACAAUGAGGCGAUCGUUUGUUUGAGAUUGAAUGAGCUGUUGUUGACUGCAGUAACACCGGCAAUAUGAGGUUUGAACGAUAGGCUUUUAUGAGCGGGGCAAUGAAAUUAAAAUCUGAUAACAUUUUAUGCUCUUACAAACUUACGACAGGCAUAAAUAACGAAUGUUACUAAAAAAUUACUAGAACAGCUGAUAAAAUUUUUUAACACAUAACCGCCAUAUUUUCGAAUAAUGGGGAAUACAGCUUAAUAUCCAGAAGUUUAAUACUCCAUCUACAUACGUCCCUAAUCUCUGAUUACUAAUCGUAACCAUUUGUAGCUAACGCCUACCAGUCGUCACCUAACACAAUGGAAGUGACCAAUUUUCCCCAAAGAGUGCUUAAAGAUAUGUUUUAUGUGUGCAUUUAUCAACUUUAUCAAGAAUAAACAAAAAAGCUCCUUAAAUAUGACGGUAAUUAUUCCUGCCAAUAUUGUUUACAACAUGUUCAUGGCAGAAUCAUCAAUUAAUUGUAUCUUACACGGAAUAGUAGUAUACACUGUGUGGAUAUGAGCACACCUCUAUUUCCGUUUCAUUUUACAGCUAGUCUAGGCGUAAUACUUAAUGUUUCUGGUAAGUUAAACCCUUCAGUAUACUGUUUGUGUUCUGUACUCAUAUGUGCAAUAAAUAGGUAUGCUAAUCUUAGAGUGCUUGAAAAUUAAAACUUUCUUAAUAAUGUAAAUAAUUAUUAUCGAUACAAUCGAUACAAUCGAUUACAGAUUUAUUGUUUUUACUUGCCGACAUCAUAAUCAUCAGAAUAAAGAUGUGCAUUAUUACAGGUAAAUGUUGUUUUCGCACUAUGCAUGUAAUUCUAUACAAGAGCAACCAAGCAACCAAAUGAAACAUUUAAUAAUUAUAUAAUUUCAAUAAAGAUAAAAGUUACUAAUGAUGCGUUAUUUGCAGGUAUAUUCUAAGUUUCUCACUUAAGUUACAUGACUUAGUGUAGAAAUUUGUAAAUGGAAUGUGCCUGAUGCACGAAAAGUUCACUUAUU